GCUAGUCAACGGGUGGGAAUACAAUGGUGUCCACAAAGAACACAUCCACAAGCGCUGGACCAUCUGCCCCCGAGGAGGGACGACCUGUACAGCAACGUACUCCUCAGUAUAUGCACGCAAAGGGAGCACAAUGGUUUUUGGACUUCGUUGUUUAGGGGGAACUUUUUGGGCCAGCUGUUUUCAUGCGACCCACUUGCGUUACAGACGUUUGGGGAGCGGUCAACGUUGUUCCUCUCGGUACUGUCGUCUUGUGCGCGAAGACUCCUGGAGGUUUGCUCAAGCUGCACACUAACGGCAUGUACGACGAGUGCGGACUGCCUAUCAGAGGUGUUACAGGUGUGCUGGUGACCAUCAAGAGUUUCACGGGGUACGGCUCGAACAUGCCGUUGUGCUCUCACUUCAAAGGCCUUUACGAUGGCGGCAGCAAGCGUCUUCCAUCGCCAGAGCAAUAUCUCGAUCUCGCGCUGAUGGUGCCGAGAGAACGUCCGGUUCUUCCGCCAGAGCAUAUUUUCCAGCUUCUGCCACCCCGUGACGGGUCGUCCGGCUUGGCUCAAGAAACUCCAGGUACGGCAGUGGGGCGCGGGAGUCCGAUUCAAGACGCUGGGGGUCGGGUCAAGGGACGCAGCGUUCACACGCAGGUCGGCCCGGAUGCUCCUAAGAACACGUCGGACUUGCAUUCUCUGGGUACAGGGACUCAACGGGUCGGUACUCCGAAACUUAUCAAGGUCCACUACGGCGCCAACACGUAUUCGCUUCGAGAUGAGACGAGAAGAGAUUCAGGCAUAUCGGGGCUAGAUGUUGGAGGGAAUGAGGCUGAAGGGAUGGGCGCUGUCCGCGAAAGCUCUGGCAGGGAGCAGACUCCUUCGGAGAAGAAGAGCGAGCGACAGAGGAUGGUGCGAGAGGAGGUGGCGGAAGGAGCUCUCCGCAUGAAGAGGAUGAGAGGAAAACCGGAGGCGGUGAUGGGCGGGGAUGGAGGUGGCGACGGAGAACGUGCCUCGGGAAAGAGGCCGACGAAGGAAGAGGGUGGGACGGCAAGUAAGAAAGUGAGGAGGCCCGGCGGUUUGACAAUCCGCGAAGGACACGCUGCGGGUGGAGGAGAUUCGGCUGAUCCAGGCGCUGCGGCCGCGAGAGAACCUUUGGGGAAAUCGAAACGGAAAGUGGCAGCUGAAGAAGGCGAUGGCGAGAAGAAAACUCGAAGGCGGAAGACUGUUGAGGCGGCGAGCGGUGGCGAAGGGCCUGUCGGUAAGGAGUACGACGAAGCGGCAGCGUUCUGGCUCGAAUACGAGCGAAACGAUGUCGGUGAAAUCAUGGAGAAGGAGCUCCCCUUCCAACUGCUCAUCGACCCCAGGAAGUCUAAGUCGCGAAACUGUGGACGACAUCAAGGGUACAUGCUGAGUCAAUUCCGCGAGAAAAAAGGGAAGAUCUGGACGAAAAACCCUCUGGUUUUGGCAGCCAUCUACAAGUCGGUGACGCGUAGGCCGGAGAAAGCUGACAAGAUUCACAAAGAUGUCUUCAAGCGAGAGGACAAGGACAAGUACUACUAUUACCCUGUUAACGGACAACACACCGUGGCUGCUGUGAAGGAGUUGGAGGGUGAGCAAAUAUUCAAUUUGUGGAAGAUGCACUCGUGGCCGGCGAGAGUAGUGUGGUUCUCCGACCGAGAUUUCGCGGGGUAUAGGCAGGUCAGUCUCAACGAGAACACGAGACACAAGAUGUCUAAGCAGCGAUCGCAGAAGGCCGCGUUCUUGGACAUGCGGGAGGCAUGGGAGAAUGAAGGAAGGCCGAUGGCCAUUCAAGGGAACCCUUCCGGCAAGGAGGCCGAAAAACAAAAGUUCUUCGAUUUCCAAAAGUUGAUUUUGGGAAAGAGUCCGAACGGAGCUCACUGGACGUUGGCACAAAAAGAUUCGUCGCUCGCCGACAAGGAGUAUGUCGCUGCAGUUCGCAAUGCAUUGAGGCAGUGGAUGCCGCUCAUGACGGCCGGUGACGACGUUUUCCGCAAAGCCAUGGAAUUCUACGCGAAAUGGGCGGAGGGGAAGUUGUUGGGCGGCGACGGCAAGACGCCAUUGUCGAGGUCGGGCAAAUACAUGCCAGACAAAUCUCCGGGUCUGCAAGCAAUUCCGGAAAUGGGCUCGAAAGGGGCGGUUGGUGAAACGAAGAUAAGGUGGCUGGUCCGGGUCCGGCCGCCUCCGACCAAAAAGAAAACGCAAGCGGACGACAAGGUUUUCGUGGUCGUGAAGGAGCCAGACAUGUUCUGUUGGCAGUAUCUCGCCGACAUGACCGAUGUCAAGAAACUGUCGAUCCUUGACGACAUUCUCGCGCUAAGGGGAGUGUUCGUGCAAUCCGCUGGCGGUAAUCUGAAGCGUCAGCAUAAACCUGGAAUUAAAGACAUAGUCGCGACGAGGAAAGUGGACCGUGUGAUGCUCUGUAUGUUCCACUACAUCUUGUUCCUUGAAACGGAGGAGAACGAACGUUUUUGGCGCCACGGGAGCCCAUUUUUUAGGACCGAGGGGAAGCUUCUGGAGGAGUUCGGGCCGCAGGGCCUCACGAAACAGGUGUGGGUCAAAAUGCGAAAGCAUUUCCAGGGCGCGGUGGAGUACGUGAACACUUGCAAACGUAGUUUUCCGCAUGAGAAGGAGUCCAUCGACGAUGCGAAGAGAUUGUACGAUGAUGACAGGUUCCCUAAAUCUUUCGAAAAGUCUGUCCGUUCCAUCUUGCGACGGACGGAAGAAGAAGUUCGAGACACGAUCAGGACUCUACUUCUUCGGCAAGCAUCACCGGUUCACGUCGGAGGAUGUCUAGGGACACAACGUCGUUUGCACCCGAGGAUAUUCCCACCUGCUGUGAGGAAUGGAAUAUGGGUCAUGGCAAUAAAGGAGGCCGAUGGCAAGUGGAGUGGACUGAAGAGACUGGGAGCGGGUGCAUUUAAGAGAAAGGCAAGAACUGCUUUGGUGGAGCAUUUGAGUCUCAUGAACCCCGAGAGGAACGAUCAGGACAUCGAUGCGUAUGCAGAACAAAAGCUACAUGAGUUGUACGCCAACAACAUGUUGGAGUUUCGAGCGCCUUUCUACGCACACGAAACGGCACCGUCUCGUGGCAUUGACUGGCGCAUGCCGCAACCUCCGCCGGCCAGUCAGCAUCCGGGAGGGGGUGGUGGAGGAGACGAUGGAGACGGCGGAGGUGGCGGAGGAGACGACUCACAGUUUGCCGGAAAGGGGACGGGCGAGACAUCGUCGGUUGAGAAGGCGUCCGGCGGAAAGGGGUCGGGCAGAAAGAGGUCGGGCGGAAAAGGGUCGGGCGGGAAGGGGUCGGGCGGAAAGCGUAGAACGUCUGGGAGUCCCCAAUAUAUGGAAACUGACCUCCACUGCGUAGGGAGUCGAGAUUCCGACAUGCGAGACGAGGCCACCCUGACGUCUGAUCAAGUGCGAGUAGAUUUGCACUUGUCUGCGAGGAGUUUGUAUCCCGUUGCCCAGGAGAGUCCAUCCCGCCGUGCGCAACAGAGGUCUCUUGUGCUCAACACCUUGCUCCUGAAAGAGGACGCGUCUUCGUUUUGCCUGGAGGGCGGGAUGCCUGCAUUGCGAAGGAGCGAAGGUGCGACCUCCGGUUCCCUUGGCUCGGGCGACCGCCACAAACUCCGAAUACAUUCGGAUUUGCUGCCGUCGCCCUACGCCAAAAGUGCUCCUCACGCAACAGUUCCGCGGGGCCAAGAAAAUGUGACGUCCUGGCCCCCGCAUCUUCAGUUGGACACAGGGUUACCCUGCUCGCCUCCUUUCUCAUGUGUUGAGACUCGAGACUGGCGGUCUCGCGACGUGCUGGAGGGCCCGCUCCAGGAGUGUUGGAGACCGGGGGUAGCGAGAACGAACGUCACACUCCUGGGGAAGACGAGCGCUCUCCGGAAACGCGUCUUGUACAUCGGGAAGAGGAGAAUCAACGUUGGCUGUCUCGCAAAGUGUUGGAGACCGGGGAUAGCGAGUGUGAACGUCAUGCUUCGGAGGUGGCUCCACGCACGAGCGCUGGUGAUCGGGACGUCUAAAGAGGUUCUGCACAGUCGCUUGGCUGUGGCCACGACCCGAGAGGGUGUCGUUAAGGGAGGUAAGUGGACGUCCGUGCAAGCUCCCUUUCUUGGCGACGAUGAAGACGAAGAAGAACCCGCGGUGGAAGCUCGGGUUCAUGGCGAUGAGAAAGGCGGAGAACCCGUGGUGGAAGGCGGUGAGGUGAUUGUCGACAUCCGGACGGAUCCACAGCGAAAAGAUGGUGAUUCUUCGCCCACCCGUUGCGGUGAAGAACAAGGUGGUCGAGCGUCUGUCCUGAGCACCGCUGGGGGAAUGGUGCUUCAUGAAGCCAUAGAGUUGGGUGACGACUCGGCAGCCACCGAGCUGGUUAAUGACUCGGGCGUGGCCGAGAUGCAGAACAUCCAAUCCUCAGUGGAAGGCGGUGAGGUGGCCGUCAGCAUCAAGAUGGAUCCAGAGCGGAAAGAUUAUGAUUCUCCGUCCACCCGUUGUGGUGCCGAACAGGGUGAUUGAGCAUCUGUCCUCAGUACCGAUCGGGAAAUGGUGCUUCAUGAACCCAUCGACUUGCCAAGCGACUCAGCUGCCACCGA